UUUAUUGAGAUCGGGGUCGUAAAUCGAACAGGAUAUGACGCACAUUAUAGUGUGAAGUAAAUAAACCGAAGAUUUCACGAUAAUUUUCUUUUGUUUAGACAAUAAUUAUGUGUCUGUUUGUGACAUUUUGAAUCUGCAGCGCUAAAAUCGAGUACAUAUUAUGAGUAACUUGCGAAAUUCCCCACAGAAUGAUUCAGACAUUCGAAAUAACAAUGAAGAACUGGAAGACCUGAUCAACAAAUGCGAGAAUGGAGACGGAUCAGGACCCCACGCUCUCAGUUCUGCCGUCAGCUCCACUGUAGCGGCUGUCACUAGUAUAUUUAGAUGGUCCCCCCAACACAUCAGUAGAAAACGAUCAGCUGAAUCAGAUCAGGACUCUUUCAGCUCAGAAAGCAUGAAUUCUGAUUCACCAAGCAAACCAGGUCUUUCCAAGUUCUCGUCUGCUCCUUAUGCCCAGGCUAGCAAUGAAGAGAAGAAAGGGGACACAGAGGGAUCCACUGACUCACAUCUGAGCACCAAAAACAGCUUCUCUAAUGGCCCGGAGGUCAGGCAGCGUCACAGCUUCAACAGUAGUUAUGAUGCACACAGACAGCACACAGACCCCAGUACAAAAGAGGGGGAACAGAGAUCAAGUAGUGACAUUGUAUCCUGGGGUAGAACAUCUGGGGUCAGUAUUGACAAGGGAGAUAACAAAUCGUCUAAGUCCCAAGCCCUAAGUGGAACCAUGUCCAGGGGCAAGUCAUUGUCUUUCAGGGAAACAUCAAGUCACAACAGAACACCCACCAAAUUGAUUGAGAAGUCCGACUCGGGCAGCAGGAGCAGUUCUGAGUUUGUCCGUGCUCAUUCAAGAGAGCGCUCCUUUGAGAAGUCGUUAGAAAACAUUAUGGACAAGUGCUCAGAGAAAUCUGUGGAUUUGAAUAUCAGUCUGGAAUCUAAGAAUGGCAUGGUUAGUGAUAGCAGUCGAGUGGAGGACAAUGGCCUGUUAUCAGCGAAGAAAAGUAGUGAGAAGAGCGACAAAAAAAAGAAAAAUACUCCAUGGUACACAAUGUGGAAUACCUCAUAUAAAACGAAGAGUGAAGACUUCAGGAAGAUUUUUAAGGAUGUCAAUCGUGAGGACAGGCUCCUUGUUGACUAUUCUUGUGCCUUGCAAAAAGAGAUUUUGGUUCAGGGGAGGAUGUACAUAACACAGAACUGGGUCUGUUUCUAUGCCAACAUAUUCACCUGGGAAACACUGCUUGCCAUUCCAUGUCGUGACAUCACUUCCGUCACUAAGGAGAAGACAGCCCGCGUCAUCCCGAACGCUAUACAAGUCACCACCGAGCGGGAGAAGUACUUCUUCACCAGUCUGGCCAACAGGGACAAAACAUACAUGAUGCUGUUCCGAGUCUGGCAGAAUGCUCUCCUCGGUCAGCCAAUGCCUGCUAAGGAGAUGUGGCAGUGGAUUCAUUGUAACUAUGGGGAGGAGCUGUGUCUAGACUCCAGUGAUGAUGACUACGUGGCUCCCCCGUCUCUCAUCGAAGAACCAGGCAGAGAUGAUUGUGUUUCUCUAAGUACACUCAAUCAAGCAGAAAACACAGACUCGGAUUUCAUCCCAUCACAAAGGCUGCCUGAGGAUGACCACAAUGUGGACAUAAGCCAAGACCAAGAGAUAUUUAGCCCAGCAGUGAUUGAUGACAAUCAGUGCGAGAACGUCGCGACUGAUCAGAGCGACACCACAGAGAAUAGUGAAGUUGAAGUGAUGCUGUGUGCUGAACACUCCCACUUUGAGAGGUCCAUGUUGGAUGAGGUUUUUCACAUUCCCGUGGAAAAGAUGUUUGAGAUGUUGUUCACAGAAUCAGCUUUCUACAAUGAGUUUCAAACAAGAAGGGGCUCUAAAGACUUUACUUUCUCACCGUGGAAGGACAUUGGACAUGGCAAACAAACCCGGACGGUCAGUUACAUCAUACCCCUCAAUUACUCCAUUGGGCCAAAGUCUUCUCAGGCAGUUGAGCUACAGACCUGUCACAAGAACUCCAACCCCGGUACCUACUUCACAGUGGACACGGAGUGUUCAUGUCUCGGAAUUCCUUACGGAAACACUUUCAUUGUUGUCAACAGAUACUGCAUUUCCAAGGUCAACAAGCACAAGUCCCGACUACAGGUCACGUCGGAGGUUCGCUACAAGAAGUCGGUGUGGGGGCUCGUUAAGAGUAUGAUAGAAAAGAAUAGUGUACAAGGUUGUAUAGAUCACUUCAAUACCCUCAGUGUUCAUCUGAAGCAGGAGUCGGACAAGUGUGAAUCCACCGCACAGCAAACUCAGGCUAGCGUAAAAAGAAAAAUUCGAAAGAAGAGGGUUCGAACCCAGCACUCAACUGUCCCUGAUAUCCACAAAUUGAAACCCACCAGGCACCUGUCACUGAUAGAUAAACAGACAAGACAAGCUGUCGGCAGUCUAACUCCUCCCACCCCUGUCAGAAGUAAUGUUGCAAUACAUAAAGAGGAUAUAUCCAAAUUAAAUGCAGAUACACUGGUUAGAGUCAUACUGGUUGUAUUGGUCCUGAUGGUUAUCUUCAAUGCAAUACUGUUCUAUAAACUGUGGUCUUUGGAGACCUACACUAAUAUACUGUACUUCCCUAGACAGCACACAAUGACUGAUGAACUGAAAAAUUACCCUAAGUCUCAAGAACAAUGGAUACAGCUACUUCAACAACAGAGAGAGCUGCAUGAAAGUGAAAUUGAUAAAUGGAAGGAAAUCAUUGGCUCCUCAAUAGACCUUGUAGAUCAAAUAAAAAAGACAUUAAAAAAUGUGAAAGAUAGUUUAGAGGGCAGACUCCAAAAUUCUAACGUUUUUAGUGGAGAUGAUACGUAACAGAAAGGAAUGAAUUGUACAGGAAGACUGCAACAGCAGGUGACUGGCUACUGCUACAGGGCAUUGUGAAAGAAAUAGUCUAUAUAUUUAUUAGCUAUACUAAUUUAAGAUAGAUUGUUUAUUUUUAAAGGAAAGAGUCCAUUUUCUGUGAUUGAUAGGAUAUAAAUUAGAUUUACAUUUAUUGUCGUAUGAUGUGACUCUCAGUCAUUAUUAUGUGCUGGAUUUAUCGUAAGAUUGUCAUAUAAUGUGGCUCACAAUUGUUGUUAUUGUAAGAUUGUCAUACUCUGAUGUCAAGGGAAUUGGCUGCCUUGAUGUAUCGCUCACAAUUAGCAAGAAGCUUUAAUGAUGAUGAGCUUUGCUGAUCAAAUUAUUGUCUGUAUGUCUUUGAACAUGUUAAAUAUACACUAGCUGUUUUAUUAUUAAAUGUUCCCACUUUAGAUUGCUGUCAGAACCAUAAAGCCAUUUUCACCCAAAUUUGACACAAAGCAAAUGUAACGCCAAUCAAUAUAGAGAAUGUUUGGUGUACGUGUAGUUUACAUUGAUUAAUCUAAGAAGGAAAAUUUGAUGACAAUGUCUUUAGAGAUGGGGACUACAUGUACGUUAUGUGAUAGGUGGUGCUCCGUAAAUCACAUUAUUUACUGGUAAUUUCACAAGAUUAGUCAUUUGCAAAAACUUAGUUUUCAUGAAUAAACACGUAUAUAUAGAAGAUUUCCCCAGUGGGCAAGAAUGAUUCAUGAAAGUAAUGUCUUGUAAAUAAAUACAUCAUUGAAUCCUUGCAAAUAUAAAAUCUCAUGAAAUAAUUAAAAGUGACCUUCAGUAAUUAUGAAUGUCAUCUGUUAAAGCAAGAGGAUUAAGGUGAGCAUUGUGGCUCAUUAAUGGAGAGGGGGUAUUUGUGAUAAGUGGAGAGUAAACUCCAUCAUUUCCACCAAAUUUCUGUUUAAUCUGCUGUAUGUGUGUCUAAUCUGAUAAAAUUGAAUCAAUUUCCCUUUUCAUCCAUUUGCAUAAAUUUCAUUCCAUUAAAUAUUUUGUGUACAAGUAAGUUGGAAAAUUCAUCUGCCAGUGCACUAUACAUGCUUAUAUAUAUUAUGGGAGUAUGAAGAGUGAUAAAAAUUUCUGAAACUAGUAAAGUGAGAAAAUAUUGGGAAGCUGUUGAUAUCAGAUUUUACCCACAUAUUCAUGUAUUUUUUUCACAUGAAGAAAAUUUAAAUUUGUUGAAAAAUGUAUAGGGGAAAACAAAAUAAUAUCCUGCAAAUAAUCAGGGAUUUGUGGACCAGGUGCCUGAGUCAGUGAAGGGCUACCAUAAAACACUAUGUCAUUGUAUGCCAAAUUUUCUAUGGACCAGAGUUUGCAGAAAAUUGAAAACUACACAUUGGGUACAAAUAUAUAAAUUUGUAAAAUACUGUAGGUCUUUGAUAUGUUGAGAGUGUUCAUAUCUGACAUUUUCUGGCACCAGAAGUCAAUUGACAUUCUAGUUAAUGACACUUUUAUUAAAAAAUAUCAAAUUAUGAUCCGAGUUUGCGCUGGGUCUCCACACAUUGAUGGACAAAAGUGACGAUAGCUGAAAUUUUCUGCUCAAAUCCAAUUUUGUCCUCCUAUUUUCAUAAUUAUAGCUGAUUUCAGGUACAUUUUUAUUAUAAAAUUAGUUUUAAGGUGCUAGUUUCAGAAUUUUUUGAUUAUUCCCUAAUAUUAUGUUUUUACUGCAGAAACAUGCAGUUUGAUUCAGGGGUGAUUGAAUAAAGUUUGACGUUUAGCAAAUGUGCCUUGCUAUUGAUGUAACAGGCAUACUGUAUUAUAGUGUUUCAUAUAGACACACACACACGUUUUAUCGAACUCAAUUGGGGCUGGUAAAAAACUUCAAGAUAUCGAAGAGUUAGAGAAUUUUAGAUUAAAAUACCGGUAAGUAAAGAAAAUAUAGUUGGAAUUUCCAACACACUUCAACAUAUCUAUGGUAUUCACAAUAUUGAUGGUCAAGAUACUGAAAUUCAUUUGUGUGUGUGUGUGUGUGAAAAAAAUUAUAUAUGUAAUUAUAUUCAUAGAAGUUGAAAAUUAUUUAAAUAAGUAAAUUCACUGAGUCAUUCAUUGCCUCUUCAGAGCAUACAUUUUAUCAGUUAAAUUUUACAUGUAAUCCUGCUGUAAAUUUUCCCAAUUACCACUUGGGAUGAAAAAACCGUGGUGAAAAUAUCCCAAUAUAGUUUUCCAAAAUGGGUUCAUUAUAAGUGCAAUAAGUGUAGAUUACCAAAUGAAUGAAAUUCAUCAUGUAUAAUUCCGUGAUGUAGGUUUGACUGAAAAUGUUUAGGUUUGCAUGCUGUUUCAAUGAUUUUUAUCAUUGCCAACUAAUGUUAGAAGCCUAUAAGAAUUUAUAUAAUUUGUAAAUCGGUCUUUGUAAAAGAUCAUGGGUAUAGUAUGUUGUGUGGUUUUUCUGUGCAAUGUUUGUGUUAACCUGUAUGUUUCUGAUCUCAUCAUUGUAUUUUGUGAAAAAAAUUUUUACAAAACAACCUAAUAUGUUGAUAACAUGUAAAAUAUUAAAUACUAUUCCAUUAGAGCUUGAAAAGUAACGUCUUGUAUGCAUCAUUGAAGAAUAAAUCUUGAUGUGUGAUUCUAUUAUAAUUUAUACAGUUGGACUGUAGAAAGUAUAAUUAUUACUAUUUACAAAGUUUGUACUUGCAUUAUAAGUUGUACUAAGGAUAUACAUGCUACCAACAAACUUUUUUCUGAUAUAUUGAAUAUAUAAUAACCUUCCAUCAUGACCUUUUGAUCAAAAUGUAGUAUUUGUAUAUAUGUUAUUUAUAUACAGGUACUUCAAUUGCAUAAUGUCAAAUUGUAAAGGUAUUUUUAAAAUUGAAAUUGAAAUUAUUUCUUAAAUCUAAAACCUUCCCAUUUUUUUCAGAUAACAUUUAGAAAUGAGUAAAAUAAGCAGCUCCCAUACAAAUAAUCAUAUUGAUGUGAAUGGAACAAAAGACAUUCGACUAGAGAAUUAUAUAUGUUUUAAGUUUUGUCCUACAAAAAUCAUUAUAUGGUUAUCAAAAUUGCAUAUCCUUUGCAGAGAAAUAAACAUUUAUUGAUGUGCAAAUUCUUGUUCAGCUAUAUUUUUGUCCAAUCAAAACAAUUGUAAUAAAUAGCAUUGGAAUUUUUUCAAAAUCAGCUAAAUCAUCAUGAUACCCAUUCACACAUCAGAAUAUUUUCUGUUUGUAGCAUGUAUCCUUAGGAGAGUCAUCCACAAAUUAUAGAAUACUUUUAUUGUCUGUUAAAUCAUAAUCAAUAAAAUUUGGAGGUAAUGCCUCAAUAUUUCUGUUUAAGAGUACUCACCAAAUGCUUCAAUACUCACUGUUUGGGAGCACAUUUGUUGUAUAUGUUUUGUUAAUUUUCAGUGGCAUCAAAUUUUGUGGUUUUGCCAAAGAAUUAGCUUCAUUGAUUCCUGUAAAUAAAUUCAUUGACAAGAAGCCUGAAUUCUUUCCUCUCUAGUAAAUCCCAUACUCUAGCUGUUAAUAAUUUGAAUUUAUAUUUUGGUCUUGUUUAAUAGUGAAAAUUGAUGGUUACUUAUGAUGAUAAAACGUCUGGCUCAUACAUAUAUUUGAAUGUCCACAUUUUGUCUACAGCAAGUUUUUUUGUGAAAAUUUUACCUUAAUUGCAGGGCAGAUUCCAUUUGUUUGAGAUCGCUGUAUGACCGACGUAAGGACAAAUGAAAUAAUUAAACCAGCGAAAAAAGUAUUGUGGAACGUGUUGUUAUUGUUCUUGCCACUGUUAUGAUAGAUUGAAAUCUUCCAAAUCCUUGACAUAACUCACGAAAAUUCCUUAAAAACAUUUUACCAUGUGUACAUACAAAAUCAACUUGGGUUCUGUUUUGGCACAAUAGAAAAUCCUGAUCAUUCACACUUUUUAUUGCAUGUACGUUAUCUUUUGACAUUAUCAAAUAUUUGCAUAGUAAUGAUAUUUGCAUCUCUACAUACUGAAAAUUGCAUUUAUUUGUGUUCCAUUUUUCAUAAAGCGGCAAGAAACUUGCCAGUCUUCUAAAACUUGCGCAUUCAGCAUGUACGCCAGUGGGCCAAAAACAAGUAAAAGAUUUGCCACACACCAAUUGGCGUAUGCAGGUUUGACAAUUAAAGAAAAUACCACCACUGGUUUUUUGAUCCACCAAGUUUUUGUAAUAUUAUAUAAGUUAGAUUGCUGCAUUUUGGAUUUAACAUUCAACAACUUCAAAUUCACCCUACAUGCACCUGCAACAUUUCUCACUCAAAAACUGUACCUGUUGAAACAGUCACCCACAAUAUAACAUUCUUACUCUCAAAUUGUAGCCAAAUACAACCAAUCAGUAUUGCUAAACACUUAAGCAUAAGUGAAUCAUGAUCAGUUGAAUUGUAUUAGCAAAAUUUAUUCCAUUGUACUGGUACAUUGUGCAAUCUACCAAAAAUUUUCCAUUAAAGAAUUUUGUGUAUCCCCUAUAAUACCGUUAAAUUUAGAACCAAAAACAGUGAACCCUGUUGUCUGUCUGCAGUUAUUUUUGUCACUUUGAUCUAUGUUUAGUUCACCUUUACUCCUGAGGAUUAAAAUUGUAUAAUAUGCAAGUGCUCACAUUGUUUUCCAUAAAUAAAAGAGUUAUAUAUUUAAGAAUGAUGACAAACAUAAAUUAGAGAAUUAUGUAUCAUUUACAUUGUAGUCUGUGAACUCAACAAAAUUAAACAUGUUUAUUAUUUAAAUUUACAUGUAUUACCUAAUCUAGGAAAGAAAUUGAUAUUACAUAUUUUUCUCUCCGUUUUACAACUUUAAUCAGCAGAGAAAGGUACACAAAAUAAGCAGGGGUGAAACAGUUCAGGUGACCUACUAUUACCUGAUCACGUGACGAACUGUUUCUCGGUCACAUGAUAAACGAUUGCCUGAUUAGCAGAUUAGGUAAUAAAACAAUUAUUUCAUGCCUACUCGGACACAGUCAAAACUAUUGCCCCUCAGCCUAUGGCCUCUGACAAGUUUCCCGGGCCUUCGCCACUACCUCGGGACAAUAAUUUUGACUGUGUCCCGAGUAGGCUUGAAAUAAUUGUAUAUUGUUGAGUUUUGGCAUGUCCAUCCAAAGUGUUAAUGUUUAAAAUGUGUGUUUUUAUGUACAAGAUAGAUCAUUUAAUAAAGUUUUCAAAAGAU